GUUAUCGAAGGAGCACCAGGUCGGAAUGACAGAAUGCUCUUCUCCCUGUGAAAUGCGUCCGUGACAGAGAGCCAUGAGGGCGGUUUUAAAAAGACUCCAUGACGGCUUCCUCAGAGCCGUGUUGUUUCCGAGCUCCCUCGGUAAGUCGCUCCCUCGCCCCGCCGCCUCCGAGCUGCUCAGCUGCCACCUGCUGCAGCGGCGCCUGCCGCCCUGGACCUCCUUCUGUGUUCGCUACUCGGACGUCCACAACGACCAGUUCGGGAGGUCCAACUUUAACUGGAGAGUCCAAGGAGCCAAUUAUCAUAUUCUGAGAACAGGCUGCUUCCCGUUUAUCAAAUAUCACUGCACCAAAGCUCCUGAGGAAAACCUGGACCUGGAGGACAAGUUCUUCACCAUAUUGAAGUUGAUCAAUCUCGGGAUUCCAUGUUUGGCCUAUGGUAUCGGCUGCUGGAUGGUAAUUGGUGCCUCAGAAACAGUCCAGACCAGUGUUGGUCCUGUCACUGUUUAUUUUGCUUACAAGGAGGACGAAGGUGCCCAGUAUUGACAAACAGUGACACUGAAAUUUAAUCUUCUGAGUGUAUGUUUGUGUCACUGUGUACUGAAGUAAUAAAGGUAGAUGCUGUAA